CCGUGGCAGUUGUUAUCGUUCUCUGCUAAAAUUUGCCAUCUCAAUUAAGACCAACAUAAUGGAAACAAAGUGGAAACAAAAGCAAUCCAAUCCCGCUCCUUCCCUCGAAGAAGCCGUGGAGCUCGGAAGGCGCCGGGCGCCCGGGCCUGGCCCUUGGACAGAGGAAUCCCACUCUCCACGUCCCAAUGGCGAACAUGUGGAGCAACCCAAUAUCAAGGAACGCUUGAAUUUGCAUGUCAAGAGACGGCUGCAACAGGAUACAGACAGCGCAGUCGACACCACCGAGUUAUUGCCUGGUGAUCCGUCUGGAAGCGCGGGGAAGCGCGGCAAGGCGAAGGAACCCCUGAAGCAACGCAAACCGUAUCAGAAGCGGGCGGAAAAGAAUAAAACGGAGACCACAAAGUGCAAGAAAGCCACGCAAAUCGCCAGCCCAGCGCUGGAAGCGGAGCCAUUGGACGAACAGGAGCCUGAAGGCUCCCCAGAGACAACAGAGCAUAAGUCGACUAGCCGAGAUCGUUUUAAGAAUGCGGACAUACUAAAUAUGGUGUUGACCUCCAAGAAACGUGCCCUAAUGCAAGAUCCCGAGGUUCAGGCAUUCUGGUCUCGCAUCAUGGCAGUCAUCAAGAGCUAAGAAGAGGCCGCACAACUGUUAAGCGCGUGUCUCUGUUAAGGGUCGAAACGGCCAUCCAAAAAAACUGGAAUUGAAUGUUCCUUGUGUCAGUGCGCAGUCUCCGCUCUCCCAUUUUUGCCGGCCGAUGCGGUGGCCUGCGGACAGCUGCAGAUUUUCAGCUCAGCUCAGAAGGAAUUUCACCGUGUCUGGGGUUGCAUCGCGUCGCGUGACCGCACAGCAAACGCCAAGCCAAACCAAAUAUAAUAACACUGCAAAUUAUCAAAAGAAA